AUGGAGUCCCCAGUCAGAAUAUGUUUAGGUGCAGCCUUAGUAGUGAACUUACUACUGCUGAGCAACACGACAGUCUACGGCAACGCGAUACCCCGCGACGCGACUAUUAUUGGAGAUGAACCCCGCCAGCUACCCGCCAGGAGUCGACCUGAAACCCCUGAUGUCUCCCUCAACGAAUUAAACUCUAAGAUAAAACCAAAAGUAUCAACCUCAGAAGAAAAUGCUAAAUAUAAAGAUCGAGGAAGAGGCAACGUUAAAUUUCAAUCUCAGCUCAAAAUGAGUACAGAAAAUUCUCGUCGCAGAGUUAGAGCAACGGAGCCUCCGAAGUUAUUGGUAGUUACUGAUACACAAGUUGAUAGUAGGCGUCUAUCUAAGGUGCCAAGUCUAACCAGCAGUACGACGCCUAUGACAGUUGAAAAAAAUGAACAAAGUGAAGAAGAGUACGAUGAUGGUGAAGACGAAGAGGAAGAGGAAGAGGAACAAGACUCUUCUGAAAAGCUUACUUCUAGUUUAGAUAAUUUCUUUAGUAUGACUAGCUUUGAUGGCUUUACACAUGAUUCUGAAUUUGACAGCUCUAAUAAAAAAGUAAAACAUGACUUUGAUAGUGCAAGUUACGGUGGAUUUUCAAGUUUGUUUCCUAGUAAGGCUACUUAUGGCUUUACAGAGCCUACACAUGACUCGUUUAAAUCAGAAUUCUUUAAUUAUGAGACAGAUCUCACUACACCUAAAAACGAUUAUUUUGACAAGAAGUUUCGCCAGGUUUCUAGAAGUAUUAAAAAGAAUUUAGAUACAAUGAAAGCUAAAGCUACAUCCCCUAAUGCUACAAACAUUCAAAAAAUUAUUAAAGAAAAUUUAAAUACGGAACAACUAGGAAACAAUAGCAUUCCUGGUAACAAAUCAACAGUAUUCAUUAAAAAUACCAAAGAAAUUCGUUUGUUAGAUAACGACGGUGCCGGGAGCACAAACAAAGAGUUAUCUGACGUUCAAGGUACAAGCAUUUAUUACGAAAUGUCUGUACUAUCUACAGAGACCUAUGCUAUAAAUAAUUCAGACUACGACUGUGAUAAUGAUACAACUUCUUCCGGACCAACGCCGAGUACAUCAGUAGAGGAAGAACUAAUAUCAAUUAAUGCUGUUCCGCAAUCUCUUCCCACAACUACAAAACUUCCUGAUCCAGGACCUGAAGCUUCAUCUACAGUGUCUUCAAGUUACUCGCCGGUGUCAACCGCGAGUACUAUAAAUCCUAUUACUUCAUCAACAAAGAAGUCAGUCUCAUCAGUGGAAAAUACAAAAACAUAUUUACAUAAUUUUAGAAGUAGAAGUUACUCUAAACGCUUGAACUUUAAUGGGAAUAAAGAUUCCCCUAACAGUGUGACAUCAAAACCUGUGUUAUCAUCAAGUGCAAGUCCAAGAUUAACCCCCAAGUUUCAACUCCCAAAACUCAAAACCACUCCAAAAAGUAAACGCGUCUGGAUGUGGCCACGGCGCAAUAGCACAAUUGUGUCACCUAUAUAUUCCGAACAUUUUAGCACAAAGGCAAAUACAACAACUCGGCCCCGUUUAUCGAGCCCGUUCUUUGUUAAACCGGUCAAGACGGCGCUGACAACAGUAUCUUCCGAAAUAGACCCUGUUUUGCAAGAUGACAUCAGCGGACCGAAGAAAGUAGUUCACUCUCAGUCGAUUUCGGAUAAUACAGUUCCUAGUUUAUCUAAGCGGGGUUCGACAAAGUUUGGAGUCUCUACAGCAUUGUCAAAAGAAGUGGAUGCAGAAAGUGAGAUGCCGCCAACCGCGUGGGCUCUAGCAACUCUUCGUAUUACGCCCCCUUCACCAGUCGCUAUCAACAAAACUGGAUCAUUAAAUAAGAGUAUCGAUGAAAAUGAAUUACAGAGUGCGAAUGAACUUUUAGAAAAAACCAGAGCAACUACCACAGUAUCCACAACAACUACUUUGCCUAAUCCUAUUAGCAACGAUAUAAUCCCUAAGAGGAUAAAAGAUGUCCUUCAGAACAAACCAUUAGCUCAGGCAACGACUACACCCACAAAUGCUGAAACUCAAUCAAAAAAUAAUACAACAUCGGAGAUAUUUUCUAAUGUAACGAACCUUUCAGCAGAAAACAGCGUAGAAGAAUCAGGUUCAACAGAAGUUGUUACAGAAUCAUAUAAAUACUUUAAAGAAUCUUGGGUACCUAUAGGAGAAGAAGACGAUACCACUGAUAAAAAUGAGAUAGAAAAAGAAACAAACCAACAUGUUGACUUGGCUAAGCCAAGUAGAUUCGAAUCGAUCACAAAACUACCAGCUGAAAUCACCACACCUCAAGAUGAAAAUGUUGCAAGCUCAGAAGUCAAUCAAACAAUAGCUGAUGCGAAACCCACCACUAAUUAUGAGAUAACUACUAUAAGAUUCUCUUACAUCCCAACUGAAGACGCGGUAACAACUCCUGAAUCAGAAACGGACCCUACUGAGCCAAUAAUACCAAGCACAUGGCAUCCUGUUUUCCCAACGAGAACUCGAAUAACGACGUUGGAAGAUACCCCUGUUACAACAUAUAGACCUAAGUAUACAGCAACUGAAGAGAAAGAAGAUGAAACAACAACUGUUUUUAUAGAAACAUCAUCUCCGAUAGAAGUAUCAUCACAGGUUUUAGAAAAUCUCACUAAAAUGUCCCUUCAAAAUACUGAGCUCCCGACAAAAACUAGCUCAGAAUCUACUAGUAUUCCAACUACCACAGAAAUCACCACUGAAACGGUUACUGAAGAAAACACUAGUCAACCAACGAUAGUAGAGACUUCUACCGAACCUGUUACUACCGAGCGUACUUCGACAACCACUGAAGCCACAACCACUGAAGCUACAACUACCGAAGCCACAACUACCGAAGUCACAACUACCGAAGUCACAACUACCGAAGUUCUUCCCACUACAAUAACAUCUGAAACAGUUGAAGAUACAACGACAACAGUAGUAGAAGUAGUCACUGAAAUAAAUACGGAAAAGGAACAUACAAUCGUUCAAACUGUUCCGUCUAUUCCAACACAGAGCUCGGCUAAAAACCAACAAAUGACUGAUUCUCCAGAUGGCAACAGCAGCAGUAAUGAAGUCACUCCAGGAACUAUUAAGACAACAUCUGCCGCAUCACCUGCAGGAUAUUUAACCACAACACCUGUACACAAAAGUACCUACAGUGUGAAAACAGAAGUACCUACUACUACAGAAGUAGUUGAUGAAAUGACUACACAGCGUAGUGCGAAAAUUCAGGAUACAACGAUGGCUGUAACUGCAUCAAAUACAGAAUACACUACAAAAGCGACUAAUGAAGAUACAACAAUCUAUACGGGAGAUAUGACGACGGAGGCUUCGUCUCGAGUAUUUGAGUCCGAGGAUUCUGGGUCUGGAGCUGCCAUCGCGAUCGCCGUCAGCACCAUUGGAGUGGUUGCCCUGAUACUGCUUAUCGGACUUCUGUUGGUGGUGCGUCGCCGAGGUCGUCGAGGAGUCUAUGCUCAACGCUGUACACCCGUGUCUUUGGACGCUUAUAGUUUAGACAGCGUCAGCGUCGGCCAUAGGAAAGGCAAUCACCGCUUGAGGGCUAGCAAAAGGAGCUAUGGGAACCCUGCGUAUGAUGAUGAGGUGACUUCCCAUCCAAUGCAGUACGCAGCUUUGGCCAGCUUUGCAUUAGACGUGGAAUCCAUGACGGCAGAAUUCGCAGAGAUUCCCUCUUUGACGGUCAGGCCUGAGGAAGUGCCCCCAGGCUGCGAGGACAAGAAUAGGUACUCGAAUGUACUUCCACUGCCUGAGACCAGAGUACCGCUGAAGAGGCUCGGAAAUGAUCCCACUACGGAGUAUAUUAAUGCUAACUAUAUUACGGGUCCAGGCAACAUCCGGAACUACUACAUCGCAUGCCAGGCGCCACUCUCCAACACGGUGGUGGACUUCUGGCGCAUGAUUUGGGAGCAGAACUCGCGACUUGUUGUCAUGCUCACAGAAUAUAUGGAAAACGGGGUUGAAAAAUGCUACGAAUACCUUCCGCCAUCAGAAAUCUCAGACAACAAGCGUAUCUUCGGAGACUUCAAAAUCAUUCUAAAGAAGCGUGAGCAACGCGACAAGUACGCUGUAUCUAGUGUCCAGCUCAUCAACCUCUCAACCAGGACCUGGAGAGAGAUCACCCACCUCUGGUACUUCUGGCCGGCUAAGGGAGUACCUGAUGAUUAUGACUCCGUUAUUGACUUUUUGUGUGAGAUGAGGAGUUAUAUGAAGAUCUCACAGGCAGCUAAGGAGUAUGAUGAGGAAGGUGUGGAAGUCAUAUAUGGUGACCAAAACCGGACAUCCUUCAGUAAUCUGUCGAAGCUGCGAAGUGAUGAUAGCGGUUCUGGUAACGGAGUGAACAUCUAUUCGCCUGCGAAGGCAGAGGAACAGAUGCGAAGAGUUAUGCACAAUAAUGGGACACUUGGGAGGAUGAAGGCAGCUUCUGAUGUUGAAGGUAUCCGGCCGUGCGUGGUGGUGUGCGCGAGCGGCGCGGGGCGCUCGGCGGCGCUGGUGGCGCUGGACGUGUGCGCGCGCGCGCUGCCCGGCGCCGCCGACGUGCCGCGCGUCGUGCGCCACCUGCGCGCGCAGCGCCCGCACUCGCUCUCCAACAGGCACCAUUACAUAUUUGUGUACAAGGUUUUAAGCGAAUAUGGAAACAAAAUGCUAGGUGGAGGAGUUGACACUAUAUAA